AUGAAUGAGGAGGCUCUGUUGGCACGGGCUUCCGAGGAGCGGGAGCGUAUCUUUCAGAGAUACGAAAGGGGCCGCGAGAAUCUCGUCGGUCAAAUAGACCCCUGGGAGGAUCCCGAGUUUGAAGAUUAUCAUAAAACUGAUAGAUAUGGUUUCAUCCAUGAUGAGCGUUUGUUGCACAAGACGGCUCCACAAAAAGUCAAUGUGGAAGUCGAAAGGGAGAAGAAAUGGGUUAAGAUGCUCGGCUCCUGGGAUACUCCGGCCACAAAAGAGAAACUUCACAGGAGAAUAUAUAAAGGCAUUCCAAAUUCACUACGAAUAAAGAUAUGGUGCAAGCUGUUGAACGUUAACUCGAUGAAAUCAACGAAUGUAGGGAAAUACCAGGAGAUGCUUAGGCUUGCAAAGCAAUGGUCUACGGAUGUAAGGCAAAUAGAUUCUGAUGUGAACAGACAGUUCCGUGAACAUCAGUUCUAUAGGGAACGGUAUUCUGAGAAACAGUGCUCGCUGUUUAAUGUCCUUUGUGCCUAUAGUAUGUAUAAUUCUGAAGUGGGCUACUGUCAGGGUAUGUCUGGUUUAGCCGGGGUGCUGUUAAUGUACAUGGAUGAAGAGGAUGCGUUUUGGGCACUCGCAAUUCUAUUGUCUGAUAAAAAAUAUGCCAUGCACGGACUGUACGUAGAGGGAUUCCCGAAGUUAACGAGAUUUUUAGAACAUCACGAUAAAAUAUUAACGAAAUUCAUGCCAAAGCUGAAACAACACUUCGAUAAGUUCGGCCUUGACGCUAUUCUUUAUUCUCUCAAAUGGUUCUUUGUGUGCUUUGUCGAACGAGUGCCAUUCAGUUUGUGUUUGAGAGUGUGGGAUAUAUAUCUUCUCGAUGGAGAACGCGUUAUCACGGCGAUGGCAUACACAAUACUGAAACUCCACAAGAAGGCGAUAAUGAAGCUGAAUGAUAUGGAUCUUAUAGUUAAUUAUAUUCAGGUUAAGCUUCACAAAGAUUUCGGUUACGAGGACGAUAUAGUCAUUCACCAUUUGGAGCGUUCCAUGGAUGAGUUGAAGAGGGCCAAGAUUGAUUAUCCGGGACCGCCACCGCCCUCGGAACUGCCCCAACGACAGCUAGGGACAUUUGUGGAGCCAGACAAGAAGGCCAAAAUAGGUCAAAGGGCUGAAAAUUUCUCCGAAACCGAGAAGCAAGCCAGAGCUACAGUCAUAUUGAGACGCGAGAAAGCAGCGUUGGAGCUUCAGGAACUGAGAGUAUCGCAAAGUGACACAGUGUCAGAUCAUAGCGGCGUAGCGAGUGGUGUUCGGUGCGAGGACUCUGUAUCCGUUUUGGGGUCCAGGAGGUCCCUAGCUGACACGAGCGUCACCAGCACCGCUGACCUCAGCGUCUUCUCCAGCGGGAGGUCCCACGCUCCAGACAAUUCCCUGGACACCCAUAGCAACAUCAGCGACGACGGCACUGGGUCAGAUGGUUGCGGGAACUGUAGUUUGAGCGUGCAAUGGGUGCCGACGGCCCAGUCGACGCCCAGGGCGACCCCGUACCCACCAUCUGCCUCGCCGUCCGAGGACGUGGUAAGGAUACACGUGACUUACAAUCCGCUAGCGAGCCCUUCACACCUGCAGCCGGUCAGUCCAUCCAAGUAUAAAUACGACCACCACAAACCAGUCUCCCUAAACUUCUACACAAAUGGCAGCAAUGUACCGGAUAAUAGGAUCAGGAUACAGGUUUCCUCUGAGGAGCUUCUGACGCCGAUAGUGGAUUCUGGACGUAUAAUAGCACCACGCUACAUCGACUCACAUCCAGGAAUGUACGACUAUAAGUAG